GUGUUUAGUGUUUAGUGUUGGUGUUUAGUGCCCCGUCGACCUCCGCCAUGGCAGCGUCCUACUUGCUCCUUGCAGCUGUCCUCUCUACAUCACAGGCUCUUAAACUACCGUGGUACACUCCAGCAUGUAGUCGUAACGAUCCCAAUCUCAAUGACUGCGUGGUCAAACACGGUCAGCAGGCUAUACCGCACUUCAUCAACGGAGACCCUAAGUACCGGGUGCCCAAGCUGGACCCUCUAGUGAUUGACCAGCUGGCUGUGAGGCAAGGCACGAGGCAGGUCGGCAUCAACCUCAUGGUCAGAGAGUGCAAGAUCUACGGCCUCAAGAAUGCACAGUUCAUCGCUGCAAGAACGGACUUGAAAAAGAGACACAUCGAGUGGGACUUCAAGUUUCCCUCGGUUUUCAUCCGAGGCAUCUACAACAUCACUGGCCAGGUCCUGAUCCUGCCAAUCAUGGGAAACGGACACGCCAACAUCACAAUCAAUGAUCUGACGAUAACAUACAAGUAUGACUGGGUUCUGAACAAGAAAGGAUCCAAACACUACAUGAACUUUACCAAGAGUAGUCUGGACUUUGACAUCGGGGGAGCAUCAUUCUACCUGGAAAACCUCUUCAAUGGGGACAAACUGUUAGGUGAAAACAUGAACUACUUCCUCAACCAAAACUGGCGAGAAGUGACCAAAGAGCUCGGGCCGGCUAUAGGAGAAGCUAUAGGCGAGGUGUUCCGACUACUACUGACUAACAUCGCAGACCUGGUACCUUACGAGUACAUCUACCCUGACACACCCGCCAAUACUACAUCCACCACCACGAGCAAACCAGAGAAGGGGCCUUGAUGACGUGCUGCGCAUAGGAACGAAACGUUGUGUGUACAGGACUGUGGGACUUACAGACCUGACGAUGGAAAGAAUAAAUAGACAGAUUAGAAUGCAUUUUGUGAGAGAAGAGACAAGACCAAAAAGAGCUCUCUAAUAUAAUUUUUCAUUGUACUUUAAGGGGGAAAAGUAUUUAUAUACAUUUUUCGUCCUAUGUCAUAAGAAAUUAAUAAUUGUAAAUUUAGGAAGAUUUUAUUUAUGAUACCAAAAUGGUUAUAUCUUCAAUUUGAAACAAUUUUUUAACAGCCAACAUUAUAUCGGUAAAUUAUUUUUGUGAAUUCAGUAAUGAAAAAUUAUCAUAAAGUCUACUUUGAAAUUAUCAGUAAUGACAAAUCCUGGUUGAGCAGAAGGAAAUUGUAAAAAAUAAAACAUUACCACGUUUUAUUUUUUCGAUUUCCUUAUUUUAUGUAUUCCAGGGUUCCUCUAAAGUAUUGGACAAAACUUAAAUAAGGUUUGAUAUAAAAUUAGGUUCUGCAACUACUGUAUACGCUAUUGGCAAUUCAAUAAAGGUAGUGCAAUAGCCGGCAGAGCAGCUUAGCGUCCAAGUGAAAAUGUUUUAUUCAUGCGUUUCCAUUAUACAUUAGUGACUCUACAAAUUCUUUUAACUUUAAUAUGUUCAGUGAAUUCCAAGAUUUAAUGUUUUAGAGUCCUAAAGAGGAUUUUCCUUUUCACAUUACUUGUCUUUACAUUUAACUUUUAUCAUUGGUUAUGAUUCUUAAAAAAGAGGCUAGCAUUUUUGUAGACAUUUUCAUAAACCUCCGGAUAAUAUUAGAUGGAGGAAAUAAUAAUGAUGCCAAGAAUUAUCACUUGCAAAUCAUUGAACAAGAAGUCAUUGUACUCACGUGUGUUUUUUCAAGGUCAACCUUGACUAUCAUUAUGACUUGGUACAACGUAUUCAUCAUUAUGUACGUAUUCAAAGUAGACACUUCCGCAUUCUUUUGCACCUCAGCUUAAAUACUUUUAUUAUAUUUAGUUGCUAAUGUUGAAUCAAACUAAAACACGAGCUAUUCAACGCUUAUAAACUGAGUUCCAAAGGAAAUAGAUAAGUUAAAUAAUGCAUAGUUGCAUUAACAAUACUAAUCUGGUUUGAGAAAAAAAUACAUAAAAUAUAACUAUUUUUUAUUUUUUUUUAUUUACGGCUAAGAGUAAUAAAUAUUUGUCGAUUGUUGCAAGGCAUUAAUGUUCCACUUUCAUCAGCUGUAUAAUAUCAUGAAAUCUUAUUGUACAGUAAGCUUUAUUGUAUUUAUGUAAGGUAUGUAUAUUUUACGAAUAGUGUUAGAGUAAACUAGGAUAAUAUGUGCUGUAAAUGUAUUUUCUAUGAAUAUAC